AUGGUGGAACUCUCGUACUUCCCUGCGCUCUUGCGCAACAACCGAUGGUGGAACAUGGACAGUUACGAGAACGAGAAGCACCUCCGAGAGCCAUUGUUGUGUGACUCAUCCACCGAGGACAGCAUCGAGUCCGACGAUGAUGGGGUCAGUGAACGACACAUGGCGUACAAGAGUCACGUGGUAGUGAUGGUGGAGCCCAAGCUCAUGCGGAACCUCUUGCUGAGGCCGAAUUAA